ACUGCUAGUUUACUAAAACCCAUUCAUCUUCAGGUCUUUUCAACUUCGCUCUCUCUCUAUUGAUUCAUCUUCGUGUUAAUUAGGGUUUUCGAUUUUUCAGAAUACAUAGCAAUAAUGGGGAAAUCGAGCAGAUCCAAAGGAUCAAGUAUCAUAGGGAAAGGUGAAGUUACCCCAACGCAAAUUGCUUUUAUCGUCGAUCGCUAUCUCUACGACAAUCGAUUCUUAGAAACCCGAAACCUCUUUAGAUCUGAAGCUUCUUCUCUCAUCUCCAACUCCCCAAUUCGCCAAGUUCCGAAUAGUUUGAUGACUCUUGAUGCUAUGUUGAACCAUUACGUAUCUCUAAAGAUGCAGAAAGUGAGUCUUGAUCAAGAGAGACUGAAAUUGGAUCAAGAGAAAAUUAGGGUUCAAAAUCUGUUGCAGGGGAUGCAAAAUGUGAUGAAUUCUUACAACGCUAGCCUCACCGCUCCUCCUCCUCCUCCUCCGGCUUCAGCUCCGAUUUCUCAACAGAAAAAACACAGCAUUUCUUCUUCAGGCUUAACUCAGUACAACACACCAAAUGUUAUGUCAGUAUCAUUGCUAGGUAACAAAAGAGUCGAUUUUGGGAAUUUUUCCACACCUUCGACCAGUCAGUCUAUUACCGGGAAAAGAAAAGGUCCUGAAGUUUCUGUAAGAGCUCCUCCGGUAACUAGGAAAGCGCGGAUUUCUACAGCAACUGGGACUAAUAAGAUCCCACAAGCUGAUAAAGCAGCUAACAAUUUCUCAUCUCAAACCCCAUCUGAAGCAUUAGCAUUGGCCAAAAACUCUGCAUCUAAUGAAUUGAAUGGUCAUGGGUCAAGUGUGGUGAAGUGCUUGUUCAACAAGGCUGAUUCGUCAGUUCCAACUAGUUCAACAUGCCUUAGGACACCACAAAAACAUGCUUCUCCUGGGAGUGAUAAGUCCAACAGUCCCCAGAAAGAAGUUACUCCUACAAACUGCACAAUUGUUACAAAGGAGAGAUUCACAAUCAGCCCUCUCAAGCAAAUUACUUCUUAUUCAGUGGAAAGAAGCCAUCUUAUUUCUUCUUCGCCGGUUAAGUCUAACUCUAAGAUGUCAAAUAAGAGAGACCAUGUGAAAGGAAAGCUCAACUUUGAUGACGCUGAUACAGAAAUGUGCUUAGAGGCACCUGCCUGUACAGAUUUAGUUUCAACUUCUCCAUCCGGGUCUGAGCCAGAAGUUGAUUUAUUUGACAUGGACUUUUCUAAUCUGGAUUUCUUGGGUGAAAACUUCACACUCUCGGAGCUACUAGUUGAUUUCGAUCUUGGUUGUGAAGGAAGUACAAAUCAUUGCUUGUCACAGACCCCAAAUCAACCCAUUGAAACUGUUUCAGGGUCCUCUCCUGAAUCAGGGGAUGCUAAUCUCGAGUCUGACCAGGCCUUUUUGGAAUAUACAUCAACCGUGACUGAAGUGAUUCAAGGGAAAGACAUGAGCAGUCAAGGAGAUGAUGCCAAGACUGCUACAAAUUCCAUAACACAAUGCAAUCGUAUCUCGAAUCCUGGUACUUUCGCUUUCUCAUUCUCCAUUUGAUGUGAUCAUUCUAGAUUUUCAAGAUAUAUUGAUCAUCUCCCUAACUCGAGCCAUUCUUCUCUUAACACAGCCAAGAUUUGAAGGCAGAGAGUGACAUGACAGACAAUUGACUGAUUUUGAAGACUACCAUUGACUCCAAGACAAGACCACCAAUGCAAGAUCCUCUGCUUUUGCCUAACUAUGCUGCUCAGUGCUAAUGCUUGUAAUGAUCUGUGAAAUAUGAAAAUGCUAUCCCCUAAGGUCGCUCCUAAUUAACUAGUAUCUAUUACAUGUAUAAAUUAAACUUGGUUUG